AUCGACAUAUAAACGGCACUCGUAGUGUAAAGAACACAGUACCUAUCAUCAGAAUAAUUUACAUUAUUAUUUUUUCACAAUGUUGGAACCGUUGUUGCAUAUUUUGAACGAGAAGAAAAUAGUUCUUGCUAGUGGAGCCCCGAACAAAAAACAAUUUUUUGACAACAUUGGUUUGAAAGUUGAGGGCUGCGCUUCAACAUUUGAAGAAGAUUUGGAUCCAAGUAAUUUCAAAACCUUCGCUGAGUUCGUUGAAGAGACCGCAUUGCAGAAGGUGCUCGAAGUGGAAGAGAGGUUGAAACGCGAAAACCGAGCAGCUGACCUGGUGAUCGGAGCAGAUACCAUGGUUACGAUUGACAACCAAAUGUUUGGGAAACCAAAAGACGAGGAAGACGCCGUCAAGACGCUCAAGCGCCUUUCAGGGAAGUCGAAUGUGGUGCUGACUGGCGUCGUGGUGAAACCUCGGGGCAAAGACCCUAUCAAGUUCACACAAUCAACCGAAGUAUUCUUCGACGUGAUGACUGAUGCACAAAUAAGAGGAUACGUCGCUACGAAGGAACCAAUGAGAAUGGCAGGCUCGUACGCGAUCCAAGGGAAAGGGGGCAGCUUUGUGAAGCGCAUCGAAGGCGACUACUCCAACGUCAUCGGCAUGCCUGUGAACGCCGUGUGUCGCGUCCUAACUCAGUUGUACGGCAAUUAGGGCGGAGAGCGAAUAAGGACAGCACGUCAUAUAUCUGCCAUCCGCAGAAUAAAUAAAUAAUUAAAAAGUAA